CCCCUAGAUUCUGACUGCAAGACCAGAGACUUAGAAAUGAUUUCUCUCCGACGGCGGACACCAGUACUCCAAGAUGGCGUCAGUCGUACCAUCGAAGGACAGGAAACUUCUGGAGGUCAAACUAGGAGAGCUGCCAAGCUGGAUCUUGAUGCGGGACUUCAGCCCUAGUGGCAUUGUCGGUGCGUUUCGAAGAGGUUACUACCGGUACUGUAACAAAUAUAUCAGCGUGAAGAAGGGGAGCGUCGCGGGGCUUACCACGGUGCUGGCAUGCUGCGUGGUCUUCAACUACACCAGUUCCUACAAGGAGCUCCAGCAGGAGCGGCGACGUGAGUACCACUGAAGACAAGCUCUGCAC